ACCUUUAUCAGUCAGCUGUUUUUUGUUUAUCAUUAGAUAUCAUAGAUUAUAUGCACAUAAAUGGUUAAUCUUAAAUUAAACACGUGAUACAAAAUUAGUUAUUUCCAUUAUUGUUUUUAUGUAAUUUUGUUUACUAUUAAUUUAUACGAAGAUGAACGUCGAGUGUAUUGAAUAUCAAAACGGGCGUUUAAAAAAUUUUAAAACCGGUAUCAUUGACUUUGUUGCCGGUUCCUUGGGUGGAGUCGCCUUAGUUUAUGUUGGUCAACCUUUAGACACUGUAAAAGUAAAAAUGCAAACAUUUCCACAAUUGUACAAAGGAAUGAUAGAUUGCUUUAUGAAAACUUUAAAGACUGAUGGAAUAAUGAGAGGACUGUAUGCAGGUACUAUACCGGCAGUAGUAGCAAAUGUUGCAGAGAAUUCAGUUUUGUUUGCAGCUUAUGGUUGUUGCCAGAAAGCCGUAGCUAAUGUUUCAGGAGUGCAAAAUGUAGAGAAUUUAAAUUCUUUUGGUAAUGCCUGUGCUGGAUUUUUUGCAGCAUUUUUUUCAUCCUUAACUUUAUGUCCAACGGAAUUAAUUAAAUGCCGACUUCAAGCCACGAGAGAAAUGAAAAUUGAAAGUGGUGCCUCUGUAAAUUCGAUUGGACCAUGGCAAUUGACUAGAAAAAUAAUACGUGAAGGUGGACCUUCUAGUUUAUUUCAAGGUCUUUCUUCAACAAUAGCUCGAGAAAUGCCAGGAUAUUUCUUUUUCUUUGGUGGUUAUGAAGCUACAAGAACUCUUCUUGCAAACCCAGGACAAAGCAGAGAUGAUAUCGGCUGGCAAAAAACUAUGGUUGCCGGUGCUGUUGGAGGAUCAAUUCUAUGGCUUGUAAUAUUUCCAGCAGAUGUUGUUAAGAGUAGAAUACAAGUACAAAAUCUUAAAGCUCCUGCUCUAUUAAUUGCAAAAGAAAUAAUAAGAAAGGAAGGUAUUUCUGCUUUGUACAAUGGUCUUAAACCCACUCUUAUAAGGACAGUUCCUGCAACGGCAACUUUAUUUGUUACUUAUGAAUACUCUAAGAAAAUUAUGCAAAAUUUUAUAAUUUAAGUAUAAGUGAAGAAAAAUUUAUCAACUAUUUUAAUAAAAAUAAGUACUAUUUUUUUACUCUUUUUAUCACUCAUAUAUUGAGGAUUUUAUGAAGUAGUGAGGCCUUGCAAAGGUUCUUUUAAUGUAAAAUAUUUGUUAAGCAAUGUUCAAAUUAAAAGUUAUAAUGAAAUUUAAA